AUGUCCACAGGCUUGCAUCAUACAGCUCUGUGCCAGCCUCUCUCCUGCAGACAGGCCCUGGCAUCAUCCCGUUGGCACCGGGACAAACUCCGCUGUCCUGGGUGUGCACCGCUGUACCGCUAUGACCGCUCUACGUUCACCGGUCUAAUGCAAAAACAAAUCAAAGUGAAGUCCAAGAGUAACAUCUCACCUCGGUAUGCAGUUAGGGGACGAGCCAUCUACUUCCCACGUAGCGAACAGGUUCAUGGGCACGGGACGAUUCAACGCCCCGCUCCCCGGAAAGCUCAGCCGGCCACUUCGCUCCGCCAUGGUGCACCUCUGCUGGCAGCUGGGAAAUGCACCACGGUGUGUUGUAUCCGCGUCUCUCACAAGCUGAAGUAG